AUGACGAGAUACGCGUCUUUGGACCACUGGGAGGAGCGCUACAAGAAGGACCCUGAACCCUUCGACUGGUUUAACAAAUAUGCAGCUCUUAAACCCUUUCUUCUUUCCGCGGGCCUCGAAGAAAGCCACGAAAUCCUCAUGCUCGGAUGCGGCACAUCCACAAUGAGCGAAAGCCUGUGGGACGACGGCUUCCGCAACAUCACCAACAUCGACUUCUCAUCGCAGUGUAUAAACAUCAUGCAGCAAAGAUGCGCAGACAAACCCGGCAUGACUUUUACUGUUUUGAAUGUCCUGGAGCUGGACCAGCUGGAGAGGCGAGGGUUUGACUUUGUUAUAGAUAAGGGGACUCUGGACUGCAUCCUAUGCGGCGAGAAGUCAUUUGAAAACGUCAACAAAGCCCUCACCCUCAUAUCUCAGAUCCUCAAGCCUGGGGGCGUGUACAUGAUGAUUUCUUACGGCUCUCCUAUGUUCCGUCUAAACCAUUUGCAAAGAAAAGAAUUUGAGUGGACUGUUGAUCUCCAAACCCUCGAAAAACCCUCUCUAAAUACCCCAGCUGAAGUGGAGGAGAAAUCCAAUGUGCAUUACAUUUACAUCUGCAAGAAGGAACAGCCGCCAACUGAAGAGGCCCCUCCAGAGGAAGAUAAGGCACCCGAGGCUGGAGCUAGCUAG